CAUCUUCAUCUACACAUUAAACAGUACAAACACAAACAGUCAAAAAUCCAUCACAUUAUUUUAACAUUUUUUUUUCUCGCAAAAUUCGACGAACAUUUCUCCAACUAACAAAACAUCAAUUCAUGCAGCAACGAAAAAAAAAAAUAAUAAUAAUAAUAAUAUAAAGUGCAAACCCAUGGAUGAAGUUCCACUUCCACAACCUCUAAUAAUGGUCUCCUCAGGGUUUCUCCCAGCAGCCACAUUGCUGGAAUCGUUAAUCCACACCUCGAACGAAAUCACGAAAACGGAGAAAGCGUCUUUUGUGCAGACUAAAAACAUUUCGAAAAUGACGAGAAGGAUCAGACUCCUUUCUUCGCUGUUCGAAGAGAUUCAAGAAACGGACACGCCACUUCCAUCGUCAUCAGUCUUGUGCCUAACGGAACUCGCCUCCGUCCUACAACGAUCGAAGAUUCUGAUGGAGAGUUGCAGAGAAGGGAGCCUCCUCUGGAAUCUCAUGCAAACGGAAUGUAUCGCAAAUCAAUUUUACGCAGCCGCAAAAGAGAUGGCGAGAGCACUCGAUAUUUUACCGUUAAGCUUGCUUAACUUGACAGCAGAUACCAAAGAGCAAAUCGAGCUCCUCCACAGACAAGCAAAAAGCGUCCAAUUAUUCAUCGAUCAAAUGGAGAUUCAACGAAGGGACGAAAUUGUCCAACUAAUGGCCGUCACCGUCAACAAUGAAAGAAAUAGAAAGAAUAAAGGUUCCGUUGAUUUCAGAAGAAUUAGAGAUAUGUUGAGCAGUCUCGGUCUCAGAAGCCCAAUGGAGUUUGAAGAAGAGAUUUCUAAGCUAUGGGGGGAAGCUGAGAAGCAAGCAGGCACAGGUGGGCUUAUCGUGGUCUCUAAUAUCAACAAUCUUAUAUCUUUCGUUUCUCUAUCGAAAAUGGCAAUUUUCAGCGAGGAUGAAAAUUCGAAAACUCAUGAGGACUUGAAGAAGCGUAAAUUACCGACGAACACCGUCCAUGAUCACUCGUUCUCUCAUAUACCAGAUGAUUUCCGGUGCCCAAUUUCAUUGGAUCUAAUGAACGACCCUGUCAUCGUAGCAUCAGGUCAUACUUACGAUAGAAACUCCAUCGCCCACUGGAUAAACACAGGUCACCACACAUGCCCAAAGAGUGGGCAAAGGUUGAUACACAUGGCUCUCAUACCAAACUAUGCAUUGAGAAGUGUGAUACAGCAGUGGGGCCAGGAGAACAACGUUCCGAUUGUGGGGUCCACAUCCUCUAAUCUAGAAAAGACCAACACCAGCAAGAAAAGAUACGUUGAUCAUAUUUCAGCAACUAAAGCCGUUGCCGAUGCAGUAAAACUGACGGCGGAGUUUCUGGUGGGGAAACUAGCAACGGGUUCACCGGAUAUACAAAGACAGGCGGCGUACGAGCUACGCCUGCUCGCGAAAACGGGAAUGGACAACCGGAGAAUAAUCGCUGAGGUGGGCGCAAUCCCGUUUCUGCUGACUCUGCUCGGGUCUCACGAUUCAAGAAUCCAGGAAAAUGCGGUCACCGCUUUGCUCAAUCUAUCCAUAUACGAAAACAACAAAAUCUUGAUUAUGGCUGCCGGCGCACUUGACAACGUUGUGGAUGUCUUACUAUCGGGGCUAACAAUGGAGGCGAAGGAAAAUGCGGCUGCAGCAAUCUUCAGCCUGUCACUAAUCGACGACCACAAGAUUAUCAUCGGUGCUCAUCCGAGGGCCAUUACAGCUCUAGUGGGGCUACUAGGAGAAGGGACAAGGGCCGGUAAAAGAGAUGCUGCAACUGCACUAUUCAAUCUUGCGGUGUUUAAUGUUAACAGAGGAAAGGUUAUUACAGCAGGAGCGAUUCCUCUGCUUAUUGGCCUUUUGACGGAUGACAAGGCGGGGAUUACUGAUGAUGCUUUAGCUAUGCUUGCACUUCUUUUGGGAUGUUCGCAAGGUCUUGAAGAGAUAAGGAAGAGCAGGGUUUUGGUGUCCCUUCUUAUUGAUCUUUUGAGAUUUGGAUCUUCUAAGGGGAAGGAGAAUUCGAUUACUCUGCUUUUGGGGCUUUGUAAGGAUGGCGGAGAGGAAGUUGCGAGAAAGCUGUUGAUGAAUCCGCGGAGUAUUCCUUCUCUGCAGAGCUUGGUCACUGAUGGGUCGUUAAAAGCUCGACGAAAAGCUGAUGCUCUGCUCAGAAUACUGAAUAGAUGCUGCUCAUGAAUCACAAUGUAGUGUAUAAUGGCGCAGUGUUAAAAAUUUGAUAUUCUAACAGAAUGUAUAAGUCAUACCGAAAAUGUCCAUUUCAUACUACUAUAUUCUACAUUGCCCUUAUCCCAUUGAAGGAUAGUAUUGUAAGUUGUAACUAAGUGAAGAACUUGAAAAUUGAUAUACUGAAACGAUUUCGAAAAUGCCCUGCAUUCGAUAAUAUACAUCUGAAAAGAUUUACCAUGAAGAUCUGGUUAAUGCAAAGAGUCGAGCAAAAAUUCAAGUGAGGCUCACUGAGUUACACAUAAUUGAGAUUGUUAUCAUAUUUCAAUUCAAGGUACGGAACUGGUAAAAUUGAUAAUGUUAUGAAUACCUGUUCA